CAACAAAUGUUUUGACGCCGCCGCUGGUGACGAAAACAACGCAAAACAAAGAACGGCUGCAAUCGUCGUUUGCACAAAACAGGCCAAUCGCUACCUUAUCUCCCAAGGCUAGUGAUUGCUGGUGGUAUCGCAUUUGUUUAUUAGCAUUUAGAACUUUCCUCUUCGAAAGAGUGAAGCUUUCUCUCAUCCUCCGUUCAAGUGUAAACUACGCCACGGAAGUUAACGCACUUGGCUAGACGCACUGCCAUUUACGCAGUAUUACGUAAAAUGGGGCUGCUGGGAGGUAUAAGGCCUCUGGCAGGAAACCUACUCUUGCUCCUGCUCAUCACCGUCUGCAAUGGGCAAGUGUUUUACUACCAACCGGAACAGGUGCACCUGUCCUUCGGCGAAUCACCGCUCGAAAUUGUCGUCACCUGGAGCACCAUGACGGCGACGAACGAAUCCAUCGUCGAGUACGGCAUCGGAGGGCUGAUCCUGAGCGCCAGCGGUACGGAAACUAAGUUCGUCGACGGUGGCCCUGCCAAGCGCACGCAAUACAUUCACCGGGUGGUGCUGCGUGACCUGCAGCCGGCUUCACGCUACGAGUACCACUGCGGCAGUCAGUGGGGCUGGUCGGCGGAGUUUUACUUCCACACCACCCCGGAAGGCACGGACUGGUCGCCGUCGUUGGCCAUCUUCGGCGAUAUGGGCAACGAGAAUGCACAGUCGAUGGCACGGCUGCAGGAGGACACCCAGCGCCACAUGUACGAUGCGAUUCUGCACGUGGGAGACUUCGCGUACGACAUGAACACGGACGAUGCGCUCGUGGGGGAUCAGUUUAUGAACCAGAUCCAAUCGAUCGCCGCCUACACCCCGUACAUGGUGUGUGCGGGCAAUCACGAGGAGAAAUACAAUUUCUCCAACUAUCGCGCACGGUUCAGCAUGCCCGGUGGGACGGAAAACAUCAUGUACAGCUUCAACCUGGGCCCGGUGCAUUUAAUCGGCUUCUCCACCGAGGUGUACUACUUCAUGAACUACGGGCUGAAGCCGCUGGUGAAGCAGUACGAGUGGUUGCGCCGCGACCUGGAGGAAGCGAACCGGCCGGAGAAUCGCAAACUGCGCCCCUGGAUCGUCACCUACGGUCACCGACCGAUGUACUGCAGCAACGAUAACGAUAACGAUUGCACGCACAGCGAAACGCUCGUGCGCGUGGGCCUCCCGUUCAUGCACUGGUUCGGGCUGGAGGAUCUGUUCUACGAGCACGGUGUCGAUGUGGAAAUUUGGGCCCACGAGCAUUCGUACGAGCGGCUGUUUCCGAUCUACGACUACAAGGUGUACAAUGGUUCGUACGAGGAACCGUACCGUAAUCCCCGUGCCCCCGUUCACCUCGUCACCGGUUCGGCUGGGUGCAAGGAGGGACGGGAGCCGUUCAUCAACAAAAUACCCACCUGGAGUGCGAUUCACAGCCGCGACUAUGGCUACACGCGCAUGAAGGCGAUCAAUGGAUCGCAUCUGUACUUUGAGCAAAUUUCCGUCGACAAGGAGGGGGCGGUCAUCGAUUCCUUCACCAUCAUUAAGGACGAACAUUUGCCGUACAAACAGUUGCUGGUGCGGGACGAGCAGGAGCGUUUGCGUGCGAAGAGCAGCGGCGGCGCUGAGGCGGAAGCGAAUCUCCUUUAAAGCGCAUACGCACACACAAACACCAUUAUGCGUUAUAUUUUUCCACUUUUAUCUUAUCCUUUGCCUCUACCAAAUAAGAAAUUCCUUGCCGUUGUUCAGAUUGCUACUAUGCAAGCGAUUUAUUUAGUGAUCAAAAUAAUACUUGAAACCACGCAAUAAACACAUCGGAGGAAUUACCUAUA